CGGCCCUCUCCCUCCUCUACUUUCCUCUUUGGAGCAAAGGAGAGCUCGUGCCUCCGGAGGGGACGAAGGAAGGCCCCGGAGGACCUCUCGGAGUCUAUAUAACCGGGGCCCGUGCAUGGGGCAGAGCAUUUUUUAAGUAAACUUUUGAAAGACGAGAUCGCUACGGCGCCGAUCUUACCGCCAAAUGGGUAAAACGGGGUGCGAGGAAACAGAGAAGAUUUACGUUUAACGCGAGGAGGUGAUUAUCGCGGCUAAUCGCCCGUGCGAAAUCUCUGUGAACGAAAUAAUAGUAAUAAUAAAAAUUGAAGAUAUUUCGCAAAAAAAAAAAAAUAAAAAUAAUCAAUAACGGAGUCGAGUAACAAGCAACGCAAGAAAAAAAGAAAAAAAAAAGGAAAAAUUAAACCAGUGCUCGUUACACCGACUGCUAUAUACAUUCGCUUUAACAAGUGUUUUAAUAUUGUGGUAAGAGUUUUAGAGUGCGUGACGGCCAGCCAUGGCUAAAUUCAAGUUGAUCCCCGGUCACGACUUCCAUCCAGACAAAGAGGGAGAGACGGAAGAGAGGUGGUGAAAAGAGAUGCGGGGAGAGAAGAAGGGAGAUACACGUUGGGAGAAAGUAGCUAUAGUUCAUUGCGUUAUAGCUAGUUAGCCUUGCAUCGCGGCCGUUGUCCUACUUACCUCAGUCACCGGUCUCCUGAACAGCGUGAGCAGCGGGUAUAUGACCGCGCGAGAAUGAGCGCGUACGACGUCUCGAGAUGAGCUCCGGCGACGCUCGACCUUGGCAGUUACCGCGUCCGGAAGGAGACCGAAUUGAAUAUAUCUAAUUACCUCUACGCACCAGAAUUCGUCUGGACAUAUUUCGCGGUGAAAUUCGCCGGGGCGACGAUAACGGGGACCCGCAUGUAGUUCGCCGACGCGUCGCGCUAUCUUAAAACUGAGCGGAAGUUCGCUACCUCCUUCCUGAUUCCCUCCCCUUCUCCGACGCCGCUAUCAACCUCGCGUUACUCUGUACACCUCGUUAUUUCUACUUUUCAGAUGGCGGCUGCAUUUCUCUGUCUGCUACUGGCGUUGCUUCAAGCAACCGAAAUUCACGCGGUAGUGAACAAAGGAUCGGCGUCCUCGGGUCCGUCCAAAGACGGACCGUCCGAAACGGACGCGAACGACAGGAUCAGCAACUCUUACGGUCCUCCGAGACCGAACGACGUCUACGGACCUCCCGAUGGUCCUCCGAGAUUCCACGGACCAGCGCCCGCUUACGGACCUCCGCCACCCCCUCCUCCCAGGAAACCGAAGCCUCACUACGGCCCGCCAAAACCUCAGUACGGACCUCCGAAACCGCAGUACGGCCCACCGAAGCCGCAAUAUGGUCCGCCGAAGCAGCAAUACGGACCCCCGAUUUACGAGGGACCGCCACCCCCUCCGACUGGGCAGAAGUACGGACCUCCUCUCAAGAUAAGAAACCAAUACGGACCCCCGAAGAACGGUCACGGACCCCCGAUCCCGAUUUCCAUUGAAACUUACGGUCCGCCGAACAAAGAACCUUCUCUUCCAUUCCACUCGGGCUCUCCUCAAGACAAUUACGGACCACCACCCCCUCCCCCGCUGAUACAACAUGCGCAGAUUCAAAUCCGGCCCGUCCAACAAGAAUACGGCGCGCCACUCGAGAUUCCCUCCCCGCCACCCGGUGUUCCGGCACCACCGACACCCCCCGAUAUCAAGUAUGACGGAUGGCAGCCGAUCGCCGGACACGUAGGCACUCCUCCCGACGGCGGACAUUCCGGAUACUCGUUGUCGUCUUCGUCGUCGUCCUCCUCCUCGUUGUCCUCUUCUUCCUCCUAUUCUUCGUCGCACUCUUCUUCGAGCUCUCUGGACAUCGGUGGAGGUGACGGAUUCCACUCGGAGGCUCUUGUCGGCGCCCGAUAUCCGAUAGGCAACGUACCCAGCGAUUCUUACGGCACCCCCAUUCACAGCGCCGAAGCUCAAGACCUGAAAUCGUCGGUGCAACAGUCGUCCGCGUUGGCUGACAGUCACGGACUUCCACCUCCCGCACUUCCGACUUACGAGGAGCACUCGAACUCCGACGGUUACUCGGGAGGAAUAGCCGUCAGCGGCCACGCGACGUCCAGUCAGUUGGAUCAGUACCAUCAACAUCUGGAGCAGGAACAACAACAACAACUGCAACAACCGCAACAACAGUACGGGAUCCCGGGACUAACGAACGAACCCAGCGUACAGUACGGCAGUCCAGAUCCCGAACCGAUAUCGAUCAUAAAAACUGUGGCCUUCGAGUUACUCCCGGCUAACGGAGGUCACCAGGAAUCAUCGGGGUCUUCGUUCGGCUCCGGCAGUUCCUCGGAUUCCUUUUCGAUAAACGGAGGCGGGAUUUCUUUACCACCUCCACCCCCGCCGUCGGACGGUUACGGACUCCCUCACGGAUCCGCGGGAGGGAACAGUUUGGGGGCAGAUUUUCAGAGUCUCUCAAUUGGCGGCAGCAGCGGAUUCGGCAGCGAUUCCUCCUCGUCGUCCCACGGACUCCUUUCCGGCGGAGAUUUGGUCCUCCCCCCACCACCGCCGUCCUCUCAUCAUCCGAUCGAUUCGUACGGUGCACCGCCACCUUCGUCGUACUCGCCGAACGGUCCGUACCCCUCGUCCCAAGGCAUAAAAAACUCGGGAUCGUUCCAGAGCAGCAGCUCCUCCUCCUUCGGAUCGAGCUUCCACAAACAACAACAUUCCAGCGGACAUCAUCGUCACGUUCACAGAGGCCAUGGUCCAUCCUUCAGACACGGACCUCCUCCACCACCACCGGGUGCAUUCGUACCCCCGAGAAACAGGCCGCCGGUGAAAUUCAGGAAUCAGAUUCCUCCCGGCGUUAUUUCGGCACUCCGUCAAUACGACGUUCCGCCACAGGGUGGCCACGGUAAACCCUUCAAAACUUACGGGGCACCGUCCGUUCACGGUGGUUCCUCGGGAGGACGACAUCAGCAAACGAUAUCGUCGUCGAGUCACCAGUUUUCGUCGGGCGGUAGAUUCUUCGGCGGCGGAUCGUUCGGAUCGAAUUCCGCGUUCGCGGCACCGAACGUCAACUACGGAACACCUUUAAGUUUCACGGAUUUCAACACACCGGCACCGAUCGUCACCUACGGUGCGCCGAACUUCGGGGCUGACGCGAAUUCAUUCGUGUCGAAUUCCGCAAGUUCUGGAAGCGGACUUUACAGUAGCCUCGGUGGAAACGCUUUGAUGACCACUUACGGAACGCCGAUCGUCCAACAUCAACCUCACCACGACUGUACCGCUGGACUGCAGAAGACCAACCAGGUCUCCUUCGGUGGUUCGAGUUCCGAGUCUUCGUCGUCCGGCUUCACCAACAAUUUCGCAUCCUUCGGACACUCUUAUGACGCCGGAAACUCGGGAGUUAAUCUAAACGCGAACGUGGGAAACUUCUACGAUACGCCGUCGGUGAACGUACUCACCCUCCAGAAUCAUCAGCAGCCGAAUGGCGACCUGAAGGAUAGCUACGGAAACCCUAUCGGCGUCACCUACGGAACUCCCGACCAAGCUGUCGCGGCUCUGACCUCCAACGACAUUCACAUUUCAUCCGGAUCCGCUUCAACUUCCUCGUCUGCAUCGUCGUCGUCGUCCUCCGGCAACUUUAACAACCAGUUCCAAGUGAACUCCGUCUCCUAUCCUUCGGGAAAUUACCUGAACGACGCGGUAUCCGCGGAAGCUCUGACCGCCGCUCUGACGGCCCAAGGAUUCGGGGAAGCAAAACACUCGGAGUCGAUCGGAGUCGACGCCAGUCGUUACCUUCAGACUCACGAAGGUAGCGAGGCGCUCGCGUUGGCUCAGGGACUAACCGCGACCGGAUCCGACGGUUUCCAGAUUCAAGGUAGCAAGGGGAUUUACUCCCUUCAAAUUCAACCGGCCGACGGUGGUCUCGGCACCGAGAAUUCCGACGGAAGUAUACGUCACGAACAAGUCCUUUCGAACGGUCUGCUCCAGGAUAUUUUGGCGGCCAUCGAACAACCCCAAAACGGUCGAGUCGAAAUUCAGGGAUCUCCUCAGAUUCAGAAUCUGGAAGAAAUUUACGGCGAUUUGGCGCACGCGGCAAGCGGAAAUGUCUACAACGGUGAACAACGCGAGCAAACCCACGACAUCAGCCUACUGGAGAACGUCGUUCAGCAAACGUUGAACAGCGAAGCUCAAUCGGCUAACGGGGCUGCGGAAGCUGAGGAACACAACGAAGAAAAAAGCGGCAUCGUGUCGGAGGACUCGGACGUGAGCGCGUCCGGAAAAGACGAGGUGGCGUUGUUCUUCAACAACAACUACGAGGAUUCUAAAAAGGAAGGAAGAUCACUGGAAACGUCCGAGUCGAAGUCUUCCAAGGGCGACGAUCGGUCGGAGUAGAUCGGAAGUUCGCGUCCCACUUUGCCAUACGAGAAACGAAAGAACGGGAAAAUCGAUCCGAGCGAUCGGGCGUUCGCUAUCAGCGGGUAGUAAAAAACCGCACAAUACUCUUUGAGGGGUGGGAGGAAAUACUUCUUGCCCCCCGCGAAAUUCUCACUAGCGGUAAGUUAUAAAUUAUUUUUUAACCUGACUAACGAGCGUACCGUAUAAUCGCGAAGUAAUUUGGAACUUGGAGAUGCUGAUUCGGACCGGUCCAAACCGAAGGGGAAGAUAUCGGAGACGUAAAAAAAGUCAGCGCUCGAGUUUCGAAGUUUUAUAUCACAUCGCCUUCGACGGGGGUUCUUCGGGAUUCGGUUUUCCCCCCCCCCACUGCACCCUUCACCGUAUCUUUAUUUAAUAAUACACGUCAACCAAACCACGCCACGCCAUACCAUCGUUCAUUCCGAUCGAUUCAUUUUUACCUAUUACCCAUUAAUUUAUUAUUUUAUAUAAGCCAUAGGAAUUUCUUUUUCUUUUUCUUUUUUUUUUCUUUUCUUUUUUUUUUAUUACAUAACAUUAUAUCCAAUAAGCGAUCGACGAAUUUGGAAGACCCUCGGGUUUCGUUCUUCGUCAUUUCUAGUUGGAUACUAACGGCGGGUACGCGUGUAUAGCUACUCGCCUCAUUACGAAUGUUAAACUACGUUUGUUCAACGAUGUGUCGAUGUACAUAUAUAUAUUUUGUAAAUAAA